AUGGCGGCAGCGCGCGGCGGCGGCGGCGAGCAGCUGGCGGGCGACGAGAGUCUGGUGUUCGAGACGAGCAAGGGCGUGCAGGUGCUGUCGUCCUUCGAGCAGAUGGGCAUCCGCGAGGACCUGCUUCGCGGAAUCUACGCGUUCGGCUUCGAGAAGCCGUCCGCCAUCCAGCAGCGCGCCAUCAAGCCUAUUAUUGCCGGCCGUGACGUCAUCGCGCAGGCGCAGUCCGGCACGGGCAAGACGAGCAUGAUCGGCCUCGCUGUGUGCCAAGUCGUCGAUACGAGCUCUAGAGAGACGCAGGCGCUAAUCCUCUCGCCGACGCGCGAGCUGGCGGUGCAGACGGAGAAGACGGUGCUGGCGGUGGGCGACCUCAUGAACGUGCAGGCCUACGCCUGCAUCGGCGGCCGCUCCAUCGGCGAGGACAUCCGCAAGCUCGAGUUCGGCGUGCAGGUGGUAUCGGGCACGCCAGGGCGAGUGUACGACAUGAUCAAGCGCCGCAGCCUGCGCACACGAGCCAUCAAACUCCUCAUUCUGGACGAGUCGGACGAGAUGCUCAACAUGGGCUUUAAGGACCAGAUCUACGACAUCUACCGCUACCUCCCGCCAGAGCUGCAGGUGGUGCUGGUGUCAGCCACGCUCCCCCACGAGAUACUGGAAAUGACCAACAAGUUCAUGACUGACCCUGUGCGCAUCCUUGUGAAGCGCGAUGAGCUCACACUCGAGGGCAUCAAGCAAUUCUUUGUGGCGGUGGAGCGCGAGGAGUGGAAGUUUGACACGCUCUGUGACCUCUAUGACACUCUCACCAUCACCCAGGCGGUGAUCUUUUGCAACACGAAGCGCAAGGUGGACUGGCUGACGGAGAAGAUGCGCGCCAACAACUUCACCGUGUCCGCCAUGCACGGCGACAUGCCCCAGAAGGAGCGCGACGCCAUCAUGACUGAGUUCCGCGCCGGCACCACACGCGUGCUCAUCACCACGGAUGUGUGGGCUAGAGGCAUUGACGUGCAACAGGUGUCACUGGUGAUCAACUACGAUCUGCCCAACAGCAGAGAGCUCUACAUUCACCGCAUCGGUCGCUCCGGUCGUUUUGGCAGAAAGGGUGUGGCGAUCAACUUCGUGAGGAGUGAUGACAUUCGUAUUCUGAGGGACAUAGAGCAGUACUACAGCACACAGAUCGAUGAAAUGCCCAUGAAUGUCGCCGACCUCAUCUGA